GCAUUCAAUAAACACACUUCGCAUUCAAUAAAAGUUGUUAUUUUUUAAAAAAUUGGUUGGUUUAUUGCCACAUGUAAGUUUCUUGUGAAAUGAAUCAUGCAAUAACCUUUUAACACAUAGAAGCAAAGCCACACUUGUACUCUCCUACAAAUGAACCUAUUUCACGCAUCACUCACUUGUACAUUCCACUCCACCACCACCACCACCACCGCUCACCGUCACCGGAAAAAAUGGCCAUUUUCAGAAUCGUACCGUCAAACAUCAAAGACAUAUGCUUAAUCAUCUCCAGUUUCUCCAUCUUCUACCUCCUCUCUCAUCCUCUCACCUCACCAAUUCCCUCAACAACCUCCCUCAUCACCGUCGUACAACCACCUCCAACCACCACCACAGUUCGCCACCUCUUAUUCUCCAUCGCAUCCUCAUCCAAAUCCUACACAAAUCGGAAACCCUACCUUCGCCUCUGGUACAAACCUAACGUCACUAACGCACUCGUCUUCCUCGACCGUCCGGUCACCGCUUCCGCCGACGAUUCCGACCUUCCGCCGGUCAUUAUCUCCGCCGACACGUCACGAUUUCCGUACACUUUUCCGAAAGGUCUUCGAUCCGCGAUUCGUGUUGCACGAAUCGUAAAAGAAGCAGUUGAAUCAGUAACGGAAUCUGUUACAGGAUCGAACGGUGUGGAUGAGAUCCGGUGGUACGUGUUUGGUGAUGAUGAUACGGUUUUUUUUACGGAGAAUUUGGCUAGGGUUUUGAAUAAGUAUGAUUGUGAUAAGUGGUGGUAUAUUGGAAGUAGAUCGGAGAGUUAUGAUCAGAAUAUGCAGCAUUCGUUUAAUAUGGCGUUUGGUGGUGGUGGAUUUGCGGUUAGUAGAUCGUUGGCUAGGGUUUUGGCUAGGGUUUUGGAUUCGUGUUUGAUGAGGUAUCCGCAUGUGUAUGGAAGUGAUUCUAGGGUUUAUUCUUGUUUGGCGGAGCUUGGUGUUGAGUUAACCACUGAACCAGGGUUUCAUCAGGUUGAUGUUCGAGGGGACUUAUUCGGGAUCCUUGCAGCACAUCCAUUAUCACCGUUGCUAUCACUUCACCAUUUCGACAUCAUAGAUCCAAUCUUUCCGGGUUUGACCAAGCCCGAAUCAGUCAAACAUCUUUUUAAAGCUGUAAACCACGACCCCCCUCGGAUCCUCCAGCAAGCGGUCUGCUAUGAUUCCUCCAAAUCGAUCACAGUAUCAGUUUCAUGGGGUUAUGUGGUUCAAGUGUUUGAAGGCAAUCAGUUACUUCCCAAUCUGAUUCGGGUGCAGAAAACGUUUACCUCAUGGAGGAGAAGAGAGACCUUUUUUUCGAAGCUUCAUAUGUUCGAUAUGCGGGAUUACAGUAAAGAUCCGUGUAAAAGCCCGGAUCUGUUCUUUUUUGAAGGCAUUGCUCCAGAAGAGAAGAUGUGUCAUACUUUUUAUAACAGAAAAAAGUCGAUGAAUUGCUCGAGAAGCGACGGGAUACGGAAUUUAAUCGAUAUCAAAGUUUUCUCCAGAAAGAUUGAUGCUGAUACCCAACAAAUGAGUUCACCACGUCGUGAAUGCUGUGAAAUCCUACAACCUUACAAUGAAACCAUGGUUAUUGCUUUGAGGCGUUGUGAAACGGAUGAAUUGAUUGCAAUGGACCCGUAGGAUUUACCGACGACGUAUGGAGAACUUGAUGACACAGCAGGCUCUCGAUCUGUAUCAAAACACUGAGGAUCAUGAUGUAUGACACGCCUGCUCAAGAAUGCCGGAUGAAUAUUAGACAUGUAAAGGCGAGUGUAGAGCAGUCGUUAACAAAUGUAGGAUUUCUCCGGUUCAUAAUCCUUCCCCAUUCGAAAGACGAGAAACUCAUAUUGUAGUUUAUUUUUUCUAAAACAUUACACGAUAUUAAUUGUACGUAUAUAUUAUUUGCUGAAAACGGUGUUAAUAUUAUUUGAAACCUUGGUCUUUCUCGCU